AUGUUGAGUGCGGCUGAGAAGUACGAAAAAGCUUUUACUCGACUUGGGGAGGAAGAUGGUAAUCCUUUUGUUGUUCUUAGCUAUGAUGAGUGGAAAAAUGCUAGGGAAUUUGUGAAGUUUUUGAAACCUUUUUAUGAAGCCACAUUGAAGUUUUCUAAUUCAAUUCAUGUCCCCUCCAACUCAUAUUUCAUUCAACUUUGUAUUAUUAUAAAGACAUUGUCCGAUGGGUGUAUGAGUUGUAAUCCUAUCCUUAGUGCAGUGAGUUGGGAUAUGAAAAAAAAAUAUGAAAAGUAUUGGGGGACUAUGGAAAGGAUUAACUUAUUAUUGUAUAUUGCUCAUGUUCUUGACCCGCGUACCAAGUGGAAGGCAUUAAAAUAUUACUUGGUACAAUGCAGUGGCCUUGAUUGGGCGAAACAAAUCAAGACAAAUGUGAAAGACCUCUUGAACCGUUUGUGGGAGCAAUACGAUAAGUUAUAUGGGAGGCGUUUGUCUAACCUUGAUGCGGGUGUGGAAAGCUCAAGUGUUACUUCUAUAGAUGUUAGUGUUGAUGAUGAUGAUGAUGAUGCACUUACAGAGACGAAAUAUAUGAAGUUUUUCAUCAAACACCUUGAGGAAGAGAACAACUCGGAGUGUAUGUCGGAGGUGGAUCGUUAUUUUUUGGAUAGGUGUGAAGCAUCAACAAAUGAAUUUGACAUCUUACUUUGGUGGAAGGUUAAUGCACCUAAAUAUUCUAUCCUCGCAGAGAUAGCCCGUGAUAUAUUGGUCAUUCCUAUUUCUACAGUUGCAUCUGAGUCUGCAUUCAGCAACGGAUAA